AUUUUAAAUAAUAAAGUCGAAAUGGGACCAUAUCUAAGCCAACCAAAAACAGAGAAGACUUCAGUUACAGGCUAAAAUUAAGUACUCCAAUAUGCUGCCACGCAUAUGCAAGGAUGGAGAAAUACUAUGGAGGAUGCUCACAUUUCUGAUUUGAACAUUGAGCCAGAUGUCCAUUUAUUCGCUGUUUUCGAUGGCCACGGUGGAAGUGAAGUAGCAAUAUUUGCAGAAAGACAUUUCAGAGAAGAAUUGAUGAAGAAUAAAAACUAUCAAUAAAAAAAUUAUGAGAAGGCAUUGACAGAAACAUUUUUCAAAAUUGAUAAGAUGUUAUAAGAGCCUUCUGGUUUGGAUGAGUUAAAUAAAAUUAGGGGAGUGACCGAUGAAGCAUCUUUGGCUGGAUGCACAGCUAAUGUUGCUUUGAUUGUUGGCAAAACUUUGUAUGUUGCCAAUGCAGGAGAUUCAAGGUCAUUUUUAAAUAGAGAUGGAAAACCAUUUGACAUGAGCAAAGAUCAUAAGCCAGAUGACGAAUAAGAGAAAAAGAGAAUUGAGAGGGCUGGAGGUUUCGUUUCCGAUGGUCGUGUUAAUGGAAAUCUAUCAUUAUCAAGAGCUUUGGGAGAUUUAGAAUACAAAAAAGAUAACAGAUUUAAGCCAGAAGAAUAGAUCAUCACAGCAUUACCUGAUGUUAAAGUAACACAGUUGAGUGCUGCCGAUAAGUUCUUAUUGAUGGGAUGUGAUGGAGUGUUUGAAACAUGGGACCAUCAAUAAAUACUAAACUUUAUCAAUUCAGAGUUGAAGAAUACUCAAAAUCUUUAGAAAGCUGCAGAGAAAUUGCUUGAUUAAUUGUUGGCUAAGGAUACAUCAUUGGGUACUGGAUGCGAUAAUAUGACUUGCAUUUUGAUUCAAUUUAAAUGAUGAAUCAAUUGAGUAUCAAAAACAUAUAAAAUAACAUAUAAUUUAAAAUUAUUCUAUGAUUCAAA